AAUGCAAAAGUAGCUGAAAGCUGGGAGGACAGAUAAGUCAACAUCCAUGGAAAACAACUUCACUUUUAAGGAGGGCAGUGACAUGUCAUAUGAAGACAGUGACUCGGCCUUUCCUUCUCCACUGAGACUGACUAUACCAGGUCAGAGUGACAUUAUUGACCUUGAAAGGGGGAGGGAGGAAGGGGAAGAUGAUGAGCCAUCGCCGGAGCCCAUCGUCAUUCCCUGCAAUCCAGACGCUUUUCUGAACCUGAAUACCAAUGCCACUACAAGAGGGGAUGCUCAAGCCUAUGUGGAGCUGAAUGAGCUCCAGGGCAACAUCUGGCAGGAGACUAGCCGCUGUGGCUAUGAGGAGAACCUUAACCCUGCCACAGGAACAUGGGCUCCUUCUCAUAUCUCCUAUCUCACCUUCAACAGCCUGCUCCAGGUCCGCAAAAUCAUGAGUACAGGUGCGGUCAUCUUUGACCUGAAUGCCAGCAGUCUGGCUUCUGUGGCUGAGAAAGUGGUUGAUGAGCUGGUGAGCAAAAAUGAGAUCCGUUCCAGUGAUCGAGAUGACCUCCUGAGAGCUCUCCUGAUGAAACGCAGUCAGUCUGAGGGACCUGUGCUUUUUUCCUCUGGAGACAUUCAAAUGCAGACCUUUUCUGUCACAAAGAAGAGAGACACUUCUGAUAACAUAGAGGCUUCAAUUGUCCUCUCAGGUGCUCUGGAUCUCCUGCAUAAACCAGUGUUGGCCUUCGUCAGACUGAGUCACUCUGUGGUGAUAGAGUCCAUCCUGGAGUCUUGUCCCAUUCGCUUCGUCUUUGUCUUGGUGGGCCCCAGCAGCAGUGGAUUAAACUUCAGUGAAUGCGGCCGCACCAUGGGUGCCCUGAUGGCCGACUGGGUGUUCUGUCUGGAAGCUUACUUGGCUCAGACUCCAAAAGAUCUCACCGAUGCCAUCGCUGACUUCAUGGACUGCAGUAUUGUGAUUCCUCCCACUGAGAUCCAAGAUAAGGCGAUGUUGGAGCCAGUGAUUGACUUCCAGAAAAAACUGUUGUGUGACAGGCUUCGUUCUACUGACCCCCGUCUUGCCUUUGGAGAUAUGGCUAAAGCUGUGAAAUCUGAAGGCCCAAAGGAGGACCCUCUGGCCCGAACAGGCUAUCCUUUUGGUGGGAUGGUGAAGGACAUAAAGCGCCGUUACCGCCACUACAUCAGCGACUUCACAGACGCUCUGAACCCUCAGGUGCUUGCUGCCAUCAUCUUCAUCUACUUCGCUGCCCUGUCUCCAGCCAUCACCUUCGGAGGUCUUCUAGCUGACAAAACAGAAAAAAUGAUGGGCGUGUCAGAGCUUAUGAUCUCCACUGCCGUCCAGGGGGUCAUCUUCUGUUUGAUUGCUGCCCAGCCUGUCCUUAUCAUAGGCUUCUCCGGACCGCUGCUGGUGUUGAGGAGGCUUUUUUGCUGUAUGUGAAAAGUUUUCUGCAAGAUGCAGGGCAUUGAGUACAUCGUAGGCCGCAUAUGGGUGGGUAUGUGGCUGAUACUGAUCGUGGUUCUCAUCGUAGCGAUGGAGGGCAGCUUCCUGGUCCGAUACAUUUCUCGCUUCACCCAAGAAAUCUUCUCCAUUCUCAUCUCGCUCAUCUUCAUCUAUGAGACCUUCAAUAAGCUCUUUAAGAUCUUUAAAACGCACCCUUUGAUCCUGAACUACGAACAUCUGAAUGAUACACUAGACAACCCCUUCCACCCAAUCAUCAAGGAGCACAUUGAGACCCAUCCAGAUGGCAAUGAAACCAUUCGUGUGGAGGAGUAUGAACGGCCAUACCCCAACACUGCCCUACUCUCUAUGUGCCUGAUGUUUGGCUGCUUCUUCAUUGCAUACUUCCUCCGUCAAUUUAAGAGUGGCCAUUUCCUCCCUGGCCCUAUCCGUCAUUUGAUUGGAGAUUUCGGAGUCCCCAUUGCUAUUUUCUUCAUGAUUGCGGUGGAUAUCAGUAUUGAAGACGCUUACACUCAGAAACUGGUUGUGCCGAAAGGUGUCGAAGUGUCAAACCCCAUGGUCAGAGGCUGGUUUAUCAACCCCCUGGGAGAAAAGAAGCCUUUCCCCAUCUGGAUGAUGGGUGCUAGCUGUAUACCUGCAGUGCUUGUCUUCAUCCUCAUCUUCCUUGAGUCCCAAAUUACCACGCUGAUUGUGAGCAAACCGGAAAGGAAAAUGGUGAAAGGAUCGGGUUUCCAUUGGGACCUCCUCAUCCUGGUCACAAUGGGAGGAAUCUCAUCUCUCUUUGGGGUCCCUUGGCUGAGUGCUGCAACUGUGCGAUCUGUGACCCACGCCAGCGCACUCACUGUCAUGUCCAAAGGCCCCAAACCAGAGAUCGAGAAAGUCGUUGAGCAGAGGGUCAGCGGCACAAUUGUGGCCAUCAUGAUUGGAGUUUCUAUUUACAUGGAGCCUAUACUGAAGAUGAUUCCAAUGACGGCCUUGUUUGGCAUCUUCCUCUAUAUGGGUAUCACUUCUCUAAAUGGAAUCCAGAUGUGGGACAGGAUGCUUCUCUUCAUUACUCCCAAGAAAUACCAUCCCUCUGAUGCCUAUGCCACCAGGGUGAGUACCAUGCGAAUGCAUUUGUUCACUGCGAUCCAGGUCAUGUGCCUGGCUAUCCUCUGGAUAGUGAAGAUAAGUCCCUUCUCUUUGGCUCUGCCUUUUGUUCUCAUUCUGACCGUCCCUCUGCGCAUGUUCAUGACCGGCAGGCUCUUCUCUGUCAUGGAAAUGAAAUGUCUGGAUGCUGAUGAUGCCAAGGUGACAUUUGAUGAGGACGAGUAGGAUGGGUCCCUACAGCCAUAAACAUCACCAUACCACUCAGAUUUAAUUCACAACUUUGAUGCCAGUUCUUUGUAGUUUCAAACUGUUCCAUUGUUAUAUUUAAAGGACAUUACCUGACAUUUUUUUAAGUAAUACAUGAGUUCUACAUCUAAAUCUUUGUUUGUGACAAACCAGAAUAUAGUCCAUUUUGUCAUCACGAUGCAGUAGGUAUUACUACCUAUUAUUUUCAUGUUUUGAGUUCUUUUUUUUAAGGUAUUAGUGGCUGUUUAUCUACUUAGAUACAGAGUGAUAUUUUCUCUCAGGAAAAAAAAAAAAGGUGAAUUUUGCAAAUAAGAGGCAUUUUUCUCCUGAGAUAGAUCCAUUUAUAUUAUUUUCUUUCAGUGCUCAGUCCCAGUUUGGCUUAAAUGUUACAAAAGUGCAGUUACAUUGUAGUUCUGCCCAUGUUAUAAUAAUGUAAUUUUAUCUUACUUUAAAGGAAAUUUGAUUAUCAGCUCUUUAGAUGUGCAUGAAUAAUGUGCCUUUUGUCCAUACAGUAUCAGAUGAUUCCAAAAAAAAAAAAAAAAAAAAAAAAAAAA